AUGUCGUCAAUAGAACAAACUGGUGCACACAAACAGAACGAACAUGAAUAUGAUCCUACAGAUAUAAUACUAAAUGCAUCUGGUGUUGAAUUUUUAAACCAAGUAGAUGGUAUAGAUGCAAGAAUUUCAUUACAUAGAAAUGAAAACUAUCAUACUCCAGAUAGGAUAAGCUCUGAUAUAAGUCAGAGGCGGAAAGUACAUACAGACAUUCUUAAAGAGAGAAAAGAACGUUUAGAUAGAGACAAAGGACAAUCAAAGAGUUUUGAUACAGUGAUUAAACAUGGUGGCAAUGAGGAUUGGCUCAAACCACGAGUGGUAUAUCAAACACCAACGUAUUCAGAAAAACAAAUAAACAAGCGCAUAGAUACAACCAAAGGAACGAAGGAGUAUAAAGAUGCGGAGAAUUAUAGUUUGCCAAUGAAAAGUGGAAGAAAUAGACGUGUAUCCGAUUUAGAAUGUAUGUUUGAAACCAAAGAAGAGAGGAGUUUAACAUCUGAAUUUAUGGAAGAAGAGGAAAGAAAAUUGUCUUUGAUCACAGAUAGAAGGAAGGAGUUGCAAGAAAUGAUAGAAAUUGAAAGAUUACAACAACUGAAGAUAGAACAAGAGAAACAGAGAAAAAUGGAAGAAAUCAGAGAACAGGAAAGGGUUUUAGAACAAUACGAAUUGAGGAGCAGAGAGUUACAAUUACGUGAAAACAAAUUAAAAGAUUAUGAGAAGAUGAUAGAUUCAAAGAUGGAACGAUUGCAUCUUAUUAGUGAUACAUUAGACAAAGAAAAUAUGGAACACAAAAGAGAAAAUGAUGUAUCUGAAACUCUUAAGAAGAAAUAUGAAGAGAUCAGAAGAAGGGAGAUGGCUAUUGCAAAGAAGGAAAAAGUGUUAGAACAGAAAGAUUAUUUGCUGAAAAAGAGAAUAAACUUACUGAAAGAUUGGCAAUAUGAAGAAAGAGAAACAGAAAGAGUUCAACAAAAAUAUGAAUCGGACAUUCAUGAUAUGAUGAAUGAUUACUUAGAGGAAGGAUUUCAUACAUUACCACGGCAAAGCAGUAAUGAGAUACAUACAUUUGGACCAAAGUUAAUCAUCAGCCAAUUUUCAGGGUCAGAUCCGAAACCAAGAUCCGAAUCUUCGUUAGAAGAAUGGAAAAGAGAAAUUGAGAGCAUCAUUGCAACAAAAUUGUACAAAGAACAUGUAGUUGCUCAAGCUAUUAGACAAUCGUUAAGAGGUCAAGCGAAGAAAGUGCUGAUAAAUCUAAGUCCUGUGGCUACACUAAUUGAUAUUGUGUCUCGAGUUGAAGAUUUCUUUGGCGAUCUUUCAAGUCAGCAAAUUAUAUUCACUGAAUUUUACACAGCUGAACGGAAACCAGAGGAAUCAGUUGCAGACUGGGGUCUUCGUCUGGAAGAAAUUCUUCUGUUAGCAUCAACAAAAAGGUUCAUUCCUGAAAAAGACAGAAAAGAAAUGUUAAAAGAUAAAUUUUGGAGAUCUUUAUAUAAUAUAGACAUUAAAUAUGCAACUCGUACUAGUUUUGAGAGCAGCGACUCAUUUGAAGUGUUAAGGAGAAAAGCUAGAGCUGAGGAGAAUGAAAUAAAGGUUACAAAACAGAGACGACAAACUGUUCAGCAUAAUCAAAUGUCAACUGUAGAAAAGGACAAUAAAGAAGACAUUAUUAAACAACUUAUGAAGAAAAUGGAAAACUUAGAAAGGCAUUUAGAGGAAGUAAAGAGAGAAAAAGAGAAACCUAGUAGAUACGAUUCUAGUAACCAAUAA